CCGUCGCCGCCGCCCGACAUGCGUCUGCGCACACUUGGGCGGGGAACGAUACGGAUCCUUUGAUUUCUCUAUUAAAAUAUCCCUAAAUUUAAUAUUAUCUCCCAAAACCGUGAUGCUAUUCAACUAUAGAGUAGCAGUGAUGUUGGAAUCGUUAAGCGAUAUCGAUUCAAAGAAAGCUUAUUAAAGGAAUUCAAAACAGUGCAACAGUGGAUCUAAUGUUAUUUUCGUGCCAUUCAUAUGUCUAGGUAUUAGUGUUUGAAACGCGAAAGAAUCGCGUCCAAUGAAACUGUGUGAUAGAAGUACCUGAAACUUAAAUAUUUGUAAUGAACAGAACACAAAAAUUUGAUAUGAACAUAGUAUGCAUUCCAUAGCGAUAUAUGCCGUAGCGGCCUAAUUGGACAGUUCACCUGCGCUUAUUGUUCUUUAUAAAUAGCUAAGACAGUGACCGAAACUCAAAAAAAUGACGUCACAGAAAGAGGACGGUGAUGUAAUUGACGUCGGUGAUCAGAAGCCCGACAAACCGGAACGCAAAGAUUCCAAAGAUCUAACCGAAUUGCCGCCGAGCGGGACCUCCCUACACAAGAGACGAAGAGGGGAGGCGCCUGCGUCCUUAUCCGUCAGAGCACCGCAGACUCCUUCGGAAACCGACGGCUCCUCUCCGUACACGGGAGCUCCGACUCUCGAGGAGUACUGGAGGUUGAGCGAUGGCACCCCGGACGCCGAAGCUUUGUGCGAGAGUAUGCUGCAGCGAUUGAAAGACCGCGACGAUCCUCUCUCCAGACGGGGAAAGGAGCUCGCCCUGCGGACCAAAGAUACACUGGAAGCUUUGGACCAGCUCGAAAAACUCCUAGAGCUGCUGGACCAAUUUGUUACUUUGAAAGAACAUAACGCACGCCUUCUGAAAAGGCUGCGAGAUGUAAACCAUUUGAAAAAGUUGCACGAAGCUCACAAGAGAAUAGACCAGGAGUCUGAGAGAUUAAAAGAAGAGGGGAGAGAGUUGGAGCUUAUAAAUGAGGCAUUGGAUGCGGAGUUGGAAUGUGAAUACGGGCAGGCUAUCUUUGACUCGAUGAUGGCCGGUGGGAGAAGUAUGAAGAGAACGGGGUCCAAAAUAAAAGGACACGGUCGAUUCGGCAGCUCUCUGCUCAGGAAGCAAAGAUCUAGAUCCGCGGGAGGUGAGGAGAGUGACGCUUCUCCCGCUACUCCUAUAAGACGUAGAUCAGAUUUGGUGUUCUCGAAAGAAGUCGAGAAAUCUAAGGUUUCAAAGUGGACUAGAGUGAAAGCUGCUUUUAGGUGGGAAAAAGCCCAAUGGCCUCCGUCGACGUACGGGGGCGCGGCCGCCGUGGCUGCUGGCGCGAUGGUGGGCGCGGUGGCCCUGGCAGGCUCUUCGCCCUGUGCCCUGGUCCAGCCCGACCCCCGGGACUCCGCCAGCCUCACCCCGGGCAGCGCACUCUCGCUCACUCCUAACUCUUCCUGCGAGGAAUUGCGAAUUGACGGAGGUAACUGUCGCAAGAGCGUUGUGUUGCGCUGCGAUGAUCAGGACUCCGCUUUUCUUCAAGCUCCUAUGCAGGAUGACAGUUCAACGUCUCCCUCGCCGAACAAACUGCACAAAAGCCCGUGGGGCAAGAUGCGCGACAUCAUCCAGACACACCGCGAGUCCGUGAAGAAGAAGUCUCGUGGUAAAAGCUCGGGCGAAGUGAUGCCGGCGCGCCGCCGCUCGCUCAGCGACGCCGGUGACAGCGACGCUCCGCCCGCACUCACUAUUACCAUACCAUCGUCUGAGGAACUCGAGUCGGAGCCAUCGCACCCGGUACUCCGCAAACAGCGUUCUUUAGAGCUGGGCGCACGACCACAGCAACGCCCUCCUCGACGGCCGGUGUCCAAGUGGGCGCAAGUGAAGCGCGCCUUCCUCUCCUCUGCCUCCGCUUCCGUGCCCUCCAGCCCCAGCCGACACUCUGCAUUCUUUACUGACGCAGAGACAGAGGGCGUGAGCAGCGGGUGCGAGGCGAGCGGGGUGCGCGAGGAGAUCGCCCGCGACUAUGCCGCGUUGCAGUCGCGUCUGCGUCGGGAGUUCUCCGACAGACAGGGCAAGCUCAAUGCGACGUCGAGACCGGUGGCGACGCGACCGGUGGCUACGGAGGAGCAACUGUCAGCGGACUUCCGCAAGAAGCUAGCGGAGUGGCAGCGGCUACGCGGCGGCCGCCAACCCCCGCCCGUGCCCGCCCGGCAGGACCUCAGCGAGGACUUCCUCAAGAAAUGGGAUGAAUGGAAACAUAUGAAAGAGACUAACUCAGUGCCAGCUUGGGAAGAGGAGGCAAAGCCAGAUGAAGUGCUAGUCCAGACAUCUACUGGCUUAUUCAAGUUUCAAGGCAUAUCUCGAUCAUUCACCCGCAAGCUGCACGAGUGGGAAAAGUCGCGGGGCAUUGCGCCUGAGGCGUCGACCUCAGCGUUGCUGCGCGCUGCCCGACAGCGCAGCAAAGCGCCGGCCGCGCCUCUCACGCGCACUCAGUCCGACGGCAGCGUGGCGCCCCCACCCGGUGCCCGCUGCCACGGAUCCAGCCUCAGCGUCAAUGACGUCGAUGACUUUGACUCCGAAUAUGAUAGGGAACAUUCACCGGAGGGGACGGAAGGUGUGGAGUGCGGGGCACGGGGCGCUGUACUGGUGGAAGUGGAGGCGGAGGAGGUAUGUACGGCCGCGCCUCUAGUGGCUGUGUCCCCGCGCCACACGCCGCAGACUCCCAUCUACACCUACGGCCGCCCGGAGGCGCGCCUGCUGUGUGAGACCAGUGCCGCGCUCACAGGCACCGCACUGCUGCAGCCCAACGGCUCUGAUUCCCGCACUGUCAAGACAAAGGAACAUUCGGUGAAAUCCAAAUCGACACGUGAUCAGUGUUUACAGUUAAAAAUACCUGAAAAAUCAGGUAGAAGGAAAGUGAGUCAGCAGCCAAGUAUCGAAGAAGACGCCAUGUUUAUUAGAAAAACCAUAGAAGAAAUAGAAAGAGGAAGCUCUACUAGAUUUAAGGAUGAGGCGACAGCGUCUGAAACAGAGGUUAAAGACUUGCCGUCGACAAGCAAGGGUUCUCUAAGAACAAAGCAAGAUGACAACACAAAAGAUAUUAAAACCAAUAAAGAAAGUAAUGAAGAACAAAAGGAUGAAUUAAAACGUAGAGACGUUGAUAAAAGUAAUGGUAAGAAAAAAACUAAGUCCAGAGCUAGAUUAGAAAGGGAACAGUCAAAACCGUCUGAAAGUGAUUCGGAGACAAACGUUGACACGGUUACUGUAGAAAUUCCUAGAAGACGGAAAAGACCGAGAAGACCGUCGGAGAGGCCGCGCAGUCCACCGACAUCGCUGCAUUCAGAUUCCGAGGGAGAGGUGUUUGUUCUUAAAUUGAAAGCUCCUGAACGCAGAGAGAAAUCGCCUGAAGUAAUUGUGAAAACUACUCGGAAAAUCUUCUCUCCAGUAGUACGAAGUGGAGAGUCGGUGCCCAGGGCUGUCAUACCAGUCGACGUUGAAGACUUGACCGGUGUUAGACCCACAAUGGACAGAACGAUCCAUCGAACACAUGACAUCAAGAAGAAACAUGAAACAGAAAGACGCAAGAAACCAGAACUUAAUAUGAGGUCCAAGAGUUCAGGUGAUCUUCAGGAAGGUGAGGACCAUAAACCAAGGACACGACCACCUCUUCCCUCAUCUCCAUCCUCACAGAAAAAACAACUCCCCAAAGAAACAGCACCGUCCAUUCGAAUUAUGAUUCAACGGUACAACAAGAAAAUAAAUGAAGAAGGUAAUGUGUCAGGGGGCAGCAGCGGUGCCUCCUCUCCUCCCUGGCGCUCCCCCAGUGCCGAGCGUCGGCGACCUCCUGACAUGCCUGUUGGCAUUAAUAUAAGAAAUAAUCCAUUCCUAGAAAGGGAGGUUAAAAAGUCAGCGAGUGCUUGUCAGCUUUCUCGGCGCGAGAACGCGUCGGCGGAAAAGCGACUGACAGCCACUGCGUGCAGCCUGGAGGGUGUGCUGAAGUCGCAGAGCGCCAACGCCCUGCUGCCCGAACAGGAGCACGAGUCCCCGACAGAGGACAAGAAGGAUUGCAGCCAGAAUACGGUUAAAUGCGCCGCCCCCAGUACCGACACGGUCGUCCCUGUCACCACUAAACCACCCGAUACUCCUCCCACACCCGUCACGCACCCCGUACUCAGGCAACUGUCGGACACCUUGGUGCCGAGUUUAUCUAGGUUCGUGGAUAAAACUGGCUUCUUUGAGAGGUCGCUGUCUUCGGUGGAGCCCCAAGACUACGGAGACAGCACCACAGCGGCAGCUGGCCUGUCGGAGCGCGCGGCCAGGAUCCGCGCCGCCAGGGAGAGGUUCCUGGCCUCACCGCCACCCAUGAGAAAGGAGGGAACCAGCUCCGCCAACGAUCUAAGGCCUGGCGAUCGAACCAGCCGGAUUAGCUGCGAGAGCGAGUCAGCGGAGGCGCAGGGCUCCGGAACGCAAGAGCAGGCGUUAGGGCGGAGCGCCUCUACCGGCAUGGUUAACGUGGAGCGCGUGGCCUGGCAGAGAGUUGCCGAAGGUCCAGGGCGGGAGCGCGGGGCGUCACGCUUCAGCCUAGCACGGCUGGCAGCGCGACUGAGGCGAGGGGAGCCGGGAGGGGGUGGGGGCGCGGCAGGUGGUGCGGGGGCGGUGGCGCGCCUGUGCCGCCAGAGCCUGCUGGUGCAGCUGCGCAACAAGCACUGA